UGGCCCAAAUUCAGAAGGCAUAGUGGACUAGGUUUUCAGAAAGCCAUCCAUCCUCUUUCAAUUCCUUCAUAUAGUUUCCGCAGCCAUUCUUUCACCUUUUCAAACCUGAUUUUGGAUUCAUCUACACCCCCAUUCUCCUUGUUCUGUAAAAAAAAAAAAAAAAAAAAAAAAAAAAAGAGUGAUAUUCCAGAAGAAUUGGUGCUGAAAAUUCUGGUGCGAUUGCCUACAAAGUCUCUGCUGCGAUUCAGGUCUGUUUGCCAAUCUUGGUAUUUUCUUGUUAGUAGUUCCCAUUUCAUUUCUUCACACAAACUUCACAACCAUGCUACUGGUAACUAUAAUAUUCUCUUUAGGCGCUACUGCAACAUCCAACAGAAAGAAAUAUAUAUCUUAUAUGAUGAAAAAUGUAGUUUUGGUUCUUUUAGGACAAUUUGGGAUCUGGGUUUCCCAUUUGAUAGGCCUGAAGGGAACUACUAUACUGUUGGGGGUUGUGUUGAUGGGGUGAUUUGCUUAUGGGAUGACACUCAUGAACUCAACCCUGUGUCUCUGUGGAACCCCACCAUCAGAAAGUCUUAUCAGGUUCCUAAUCUUUAUUGUAAACCUUCUGGUAGUAGAUCACUGACUUACCUAAAAUGUUCUUUUGGGUUUGGCUUUGAUGCUGUAGCUAAUGAUUAUAAAAUUUUAAGGAUUGCCUUUUGGUUUCGUAAUUUCACAGCAAGUAGGAGAGUUGACAAUACGCCUUUGUCUUUUUCGACUAAACCCGCUGCAUGCUCCGCUGACAUUUUCUCUCUGAGUACUAAAUCAUGGAGAUGUGUCAGAAAUUCUGUGCCCUUGCAGCAACUAAGUGUUCCUGCUUUUGUUAAUGGUGCUCUCCAUUUCUUGACUCACAAAGAUGGUAAUCAGUACUGUAUCGUGUAUUUUAGUCUGAAUGCUGAGACUUUUAUGGAAAUGGCAUGUCCUGAGGACGGGAAACUUAAUAUUGACUCAGAUCAUCGGAUUGUGGGGUCCUCGGGGACUAUUUUCCUGCUCCACCAAUUUCCUGGUUAUCGAUGUGACGUAUGGGUAAUGAAAGAGUAUAAUGUGGAAGAGUCGUGGACCAAACUAUUCAGAAUUCAUUUGGAUAUGUACCCUGAAAUAGGAUGGAAACGCUUUCUUAGCAUCGAUAUGAAUGGCGAAUUAAUAUUAUGUGAAGUCUAUUCAGAAAGUCUGGUUCUAUUGGGGGACAACAAUUGUGUAACACAUCUGCAACAAAAUAAUGAUCACAAUAUGCAGGAGGAGCAUAACAGAAAAAGACUUGAGAUUCACCAUAUUCCUAACAAGAGGCGGGGAAAGAGUGCACGAUUGCCUUCGAUUAAUUUGAAAACUGAGAUCGAGUGAUAUUCAUGGGGAUAUCAGUCAGAGAGAAGCAUAAGCCAUCAAAUCUGGAGACCGGGACAUUGGUGUAGUCGCCUUAGUUUAUUAAAGUCACUGUUGCAAACUCUUUAGCAGCUUGUCAUUUUCAUUUAGUUAUAUGCUCUAGUUCUCAGUACUCCAACCUCUACUGCAGCUGCCUUAAAGGUUUAAAACCUUGUUGCAAACUCAUAAGCAGGUUGUUAUUUUCUUU